UCUUCACCACGCCACAAACACGAAUUUGUGGAGCAAGGAAAAUGAAACACCUCUACAAAAUGUGGCAGAACUGACCAUUUUCACCAUGCAUUGGCUGGAGAAUACUUUGGUGAACAUUUAUUCUUUCCCAAUUUAGUCCACACGCAAAUGUAAGGAAUGGUUAAUUUCGAGCUUUUGUCUAUAUGUUUUCUGCUGUGAUGAUAAUCUAUAUACGUUUUGUUUAUAUUCUUGUCCAAUAAUUCUAAUGAACACUCAUCUUGUGGUGCUUGACAGAUUUAUCUUCUCAAAUAAUCCAUCUUUAUAAAGCACUUGUUAACUAUGCCAACAAGCAAGGAGUCUCCCCGCUCCCUGUAAGAUUUUCUCUUGUAGGAAAAAGAAUGCUCUAUGGCUAGCUAGACUGCCACAGGCUUUUUGCCAUACUGAAGGAUCCUCCUUCUCACACUGUGGCACCUUGUUAUAAAUAAUCCACAUAUGAUGAAAUUACAAUGGAAUCCAGUCGCAGCAAAAAGGGUUCCAGCCAGGCGGCAUGUCACUGCAUAUGCUGGAAAUGUAGCAACUUCAAUCCAUCAGUAAGGACACAGAACUGCCCUGAUCUUUACCCCUUGGUCAUUCAUGGCAUUGUCUCAGGGAAGAAGAACAUAGUGUUACUACCGAUGGAGAAUAGGCAUUCCCAUGUGUAUCAGCUUUUACUGAAUAUAAAUAUUCUGAAAGAUAUACUGUAUUUGGUGGAGUGGAUGAUAAAGGGAAAAGUGCAUUGCAUCUUGCUGCAAUGUUUACUGAUUAUCGUCUUCGCUCUCUCCUUAUGCUGCAUAUGGGAAAUCAAGUGGUAUAAGGAAGAUCUGGUACAAAAGGGUGGACAAUGUCUGGCUAGCAAAGCCAAUUCAUGCCCGGUGGUGGCUACUCUCAUUGCAACCGUUGCCUUCACCACAUCAGCAGCUGUACCAGGAGGCACCAAUAAAACAGCACUUCAUAUCUUUACAAUUUCGUGACUUAUUGCUCUUUGAUUUUGAGUCACAACAUCUAGGUGUCAAGAACAAGACUUUGGUUCUGAUUUGCCCAGCAAGCUUUUGGUUGGACUAACUUCUCUUUUCACAUCCAUAUAGGCUACCUUGGUCAUUUUCUGUACUGGCCAGUUCUUUGUUCUCAGAAAGAACUCAGAAUUGCCGCAUUAACAUUCCUUCCAGAAACAUUUUUUGCAAUAGCCUUGCUACAUAUAUCAGGCUACUGUGAUAUAUUUUUUUUUCAUAAUGAAUAAGAAUCAAGUACUCUCUUUUGUAUGUUA